GGCGUUGUUCAGAGGCGUUCACUUUCUUGUCUUCAUCUUAUUCGACGGCGACAACAUGGCUACAGAGGUUCAGACAGCUGUCAAUGGUAUAAACACGAAUUCUAAGGUGAACGGAAAGGCCAUUAAAUCCAGAAACCAGCUUCGACGUGCCAAAGCAAAGCAGAAAAAGGCUUCCCAAUCCACAACGCCAAACGGAGACUCGAGAGAUAUAAGCGUUAAGGAGGAGGAGGAUGAAAUGGUUCAAAAUGUAGAGUACGUAUCUGAGCAGCUGGAUAUUAAAGGCCCUGCUUUAGAAGCGUUCUCCGAAGUUUUUGCUCGCUUUCAGCUACCGCCAGAACCAACCUCAACAAGAGACGACGAGCCAACAAAAGGCGAGGUAAUCUACUCUGAUGACGACAUGGCUUCGGACGCCGACUCAGAAUCGGGCGAGAAAAAACCCCUCUCGAAGAAGAAGCAGAGGAAAAUGGCACGUCUUACGGUUGCUGAACUCAAACAGCUUGUCUCGAAACCCGAGGUUGUCGAGUGGACGGACGUCACUGCCGCUGAUCCUCGUCUCCUUUUACACAUGAAGAGUUAUCGCAACACCAUUCCUAUCCCGAUACAUUGGAGCGCCAAGCGGGAUUAUCUACAAGGAAAGCGUGGUAUUGAAAAACCUCCGUUCCAGCUUCCAGCCUACAUAGCCGACACCGGCAUUGCAACCAUGAGAGACGCUGUGAAGGAGAAAGAGGCUAACAUGUCACUCAAGGCAAAGACUCGAGAAAGAGUACAACCGAAAAUGGGUAAAGUUGAUAUUGACUACCAAAAGCUUCACGACGCAUUCUUCAAGUUUGCGACUAAGCCACCCGUGACGGGCUUUGGUGAAAUGUAUUAUGAGGGGAAAGAAUUUGAAACAUCACUGAAGGAAAAGAGACCAGGUGAUCUAUCGCCAGAACUUGUGGAGGCCCUCUCGAUUCCUCCUCUCGCACCUCCACCAUGGUUGAUCAGCAUGCAACGGUUUGGACCUCCACCAAGUUAUCCGACGCUGCGGAUACCUGGUCUCAAUGCUCCCAUUCCUGAGGGAGCACAAUGGGGUUUCCAUCCGGGUGGGUGGGGAAAACCACCUUUGGAUGAAUAUAAUCGACCACUUUACGGUGAUGUCUUUGGUGUAUUGCCCAAGACUAGCGAUGCGAAUAUGGGUGAACCUGUAGAUAAGAACUUGUGGGGAGAACUCGAACCAGAAGAGGAGGAAGAAGAGUCCUCGGAGGAUGAAUCGGAAGAGGAGGAAGAGGAGACUACAGAGCCGGCUCCAACCGAUGGCCUACAGACUCCGUCAGGAUUGGAGACACCUUCUGGCAUGACCAGUGUGGUCUCCACCGUUGCUGGUGGACUGGAAACUCCAGAUUUCUUGGAACUACGGAAAAGCUCUGGUCGGGCAGGUACGGAAACUGCAGAGACUGGCCCGCGCUCGUUAUAUCACGUUGUUCCGGAGAAACAGACAUCCGUACGUGGCCUUAUGGGCAGCGAGCGCGGAUACGAUGUCUCUGCGGUUGCUGGUGCGCCCAUUCCCGUUCUUGGCGAAGAAAGAGGAACAAAGCGCAAAGCCAAUGGCGGCGUGGAUAUCUCUAUCGAUGCUGGAGAGCUGGAGGGUCUUUCGGAAGAUGAGCUCCGUAGGAGGUACGAUGCUCACUCGAAAGGCUCCGCUGGUGUUAGUGGGUCGAACGAAGACUUUUCAGAUAUGGUUGCGAAAGAGAUGGCGAAAAAGAAACAAAAGAUGGAAAAAGAGCGGGAGACGAAGAAAGGGAAGGAGUACAAGUUUUGAUAGCACCUGCACCUGCGUUUCUUUUCCGUCGACUGUUGAUUUCCUCCCGUACUGUACUGCUGUUCUUUUUAUUGUGUAGCAACAUGCUUUUCUGCUGAUGAU